AUGAUAAGAAAAUUAGACCUAACCAGUAAAGGUUUAAUUGGUCAAUUAGAUUUAAAACAAUUCCCUGAUUUAGAAGAAGUUAAUUGUGCCGAUAAUUAUUUAACUAGUUGCAAAACCUCGCCUAGCGUGAAAAGUAUUAACCUCGCUGGAAACUGUAUAAAAAGUAUGCAGGAUUUAAACUGUAAUUGGGAUACUUUACAAGAAUUAAAUAUUGCUAAUAAUCCCAUAGACUUUCAAGAGUUUACUGCCCUUUUUUUAAAAGUAAAGGUGCUAGAAAGAAACCAGCAAGAGACCGAAGACCAGUCGGAAAACAUUAAAAAGCAUAAAGAAUUAUUGGACGAAGCCAGCAGUAAGCUAACCGACGCACAAAAAGAAAAUAAGCGAUUAAGUGGCGAUUUAGACCAAAAGAAACAAGAACUAGCCAGUAAAAAAGGAAAAGUAAUUCCCGAAUUUCAGCAAUUAAUAAAUGUUCAAGAUUUAGAUAACUUUAUCAUUAAUUACGAUUACGAACAAGAAGGAGGUUCAGAAUAUAAGCAAAUAAUUGGUGGUGGUUUAGGUUCUUUGAAUGAAAUGGCUUUUCAACAAUUAAAUCAACAAGUUUUAGCCCGUGUCUUAAUCGCUCAAAACCGCUUAAUAAACGGAGAAGACGAAAAAUACGAAACUGAAAUUAAUAAUUGA